AUGGCAAAUUGCAAGCCUUGCAAUUCCCCAAUUGCUGUUAAGCCUUCUCUUUCUCCGGAUUCUCAUCUUCCAUUUGGUCAACCUGAACUUUAUCGCAGUAUAGUUGGGGCCCUCCAAUACCUCACAAUCACCAGGCCUGAUUUGUCUCUUUUAGUUAACCAAGCUUGUAAACAUAUGCAUGCUCCAAUUGUUGGGCAGUUUGCUUCAAUCAAGAGAUUGCUUCAAUUUGUUCAAGGGACCUUAACUCAUGGUCUCACUUUCAGUCCUAGUUCUUUCGAUUUACAGGCCUUCUGUAACUCUAACUGGGUCGGUACUGUUCUCGAUCGCCGUAGUACUUCUGGCUAUUGUGUGUAUCUUGGUUCGAAUCUUAUUUCCUGGUCAGCAAAAAAACAACCCACAGUGUCUCGCUCUUCCACAGAGGCAGAAUACAGGUCUUUAGUGCAUACUGCUGCUGAACUCACCUGGUUACAAAUGUUGCUUCGUGAGCUUCACAUUCCUUCCUCAAUUGCUCCCAUUUUAUGGUGUGAUAACCUCUUGGCUAUUGCCUUAGCUUCCAACCCUGUGUUUCACACUCGUUCAAAACAUAUAGAAGUGGACUGUCACUUCAUUUGCGAAAAAGUUGCACGCAAACAGAUUUUACUCCGUUAUGUUUUGCUGAUAUCUUUACAAAGCCUCUCUCUGUGUCUCGGUUCUAACACCUUCAAGCCAAGCUUCUGGUCUCUCCAUCUCCCAUCAGCUUGUAGGAGGGUGAUAAGACAACCACAGCAACAUCAACUUCAGCUUUAG